CCACUUUCACCAGGACAAUAAUCAAAGCAGAAACUUCCCGUAGGUAUUAGUUGAAUAAGGAUUUUACCAAAUACAACCAAUUGUUCAUCUUUUCGCUAUUCUACUCUGGCCGAAAUGAAUAUAAAUCCCCGUAACGAAUGGUGUCCAUCUUGUAUUCAAGGAUGAGCAUCUACAUAGUAAUUCAUUCUAUUCCAGGUACCUAGGUAUGGUAAGCAUAUCGUGAUCGAGAUCCACCGAGGGGUGGAGAAGUUAGACUCAUUUCAUUGAUGAGAUGGCGGGGUAAACCUUGAUAAAGUAUAACAGCGGUUCUUCGGAUUGCAGUCCUAUUGCCCCAAGCUGUGUCAGUUAAAAUCCCCAAUGAGCAACUAAGCAGUCCGUCUACGAGAUAUAAAGAUCGGAUAUCAAGAAACGUAUAACUUAAGAGUUGGUAGAAAUGGCGACUUCACAGCCAACGUUAGCUAUGCUCGGCGCAGAAAACUUAUUUAACGUCAAGGAUAUUGUUGCAGUUGUUACAGGCGGCGGAACAGGAAUCGGGCUUAUGAUAACUAAGGCUCUAGCUGCCAAUGGCGCCUCUAAAGUAUACAUUCUAGGUCGACGUCUUCAAGUCCUACAACAAGCCGCAGAGCAGAUCGAUACCGGUAAUGUAGUUCCGAUCACCUGCGAUGUGACGUCUCAGGAGUCCCUGAAGACAGCCGUCGCUCAAAUCCAGCAGGAUGCCGGCUUGAUCAACCUGCUAGUCUGUAACUCGGGCGUUACUGGUCCGUAUGGGAUUCGUCCCACGCCCGAAACCACUCUGGACGAAUUUAUAGAGGCCAAUUUGUCUGUGCCCAUUCAGGAUUAUACUAACACGUUCGCGGUCAACUCGAGCGCUGUAUGGUAUACUGCUAUAUCAUUUCUAAAGCUCUUGGAUGCUGGAAACAAGAAAGGCAACGUGGAGCAGAAAAGCCAGGUGAUUGCUGUAAGCAGUAUAGCUGGCUUUAACAAGGUAAACACUGGUGGGUUUGCUUAUGGGCAAAGCAAGGCCGCUUGUACCCAUCUUAUGAAGCAGUUGAGCGUGUCGCUACCUCAGUGGGAUAUCAGAGCCAAUGUCAUAUGUCCUGGCCUAUACCCAAGCGAGAUGUCGGCCCCUAUUAUCGAAAGAGGAGGAAUCGGCAAAAGCAUGGUACCUCUGGAGCGUCCCGGAGAUGAAAAAGACAUGGCGGGCGCUAUUCUCUACCUCGCCUCCAGAGCCGGUGCCUACUGCAAUGGCGCUAUCCUACUCACCGAUGGAGGAAGAUUGACUACGUUCCCCUCUACCUUCUAAGCCUAACCACAUAUAGUGGAGGGUAUGCAACCGAUGGAUGAUAAUAGUUGGAGAUCCUGAGAAAUGUUUGAUCUCCAUAGUUGAGCCGCACGCCUCACCGGACAUCAAGCGCAGUUCCUUAAUGCCAUGCUAAAUUAGCUUAAAGGACACAUUAAUGUGCACAGCUCCCUUUCGAUGGGAGUGGAUAGAGAUACCAAAUAUGGGCGGCAAGUUGCGGCAAUUAUCAUCACGGUCGCCCGGCCACCCGGUUACCCGAAACUACGACCGGGUGCUUUAUAAAACGAUACCCGAGGUCAGUUAAAACUAGUUGUCGCUAGUAGGUGACGGACCAAUUGCGGUCUUACAAAGGACAUGAAUGCAUCGUCUGUAGUUUAGUCCUAGGAAGUUAUCCCGGCUGAUCCCCCUGAGGCCAGCUCACCGCAUUGUGGUCAACGGCGCGUCAGCACUGCUAUGUACGUGAUAGGAGGUCGCUGUGACGAAGGCUAUAAUGGAGCAGCAUCUCGGAUAGAAGCAACCAUAUCCACUGCAAUGGCAACCUGUUAGAAAUGCCCAGCAAAUCAACAUGUGAAACACAACCCGGGGAAAUGUCGAAAUGAAUCAAUAAAAACACCCAGGUGCUUAGACGGCUUAUACCUGCCGAACACCUUUAAUAGAUGCACUGUUUGUCCUCACAGCUUUAGGCCAAUCAUAAAUACAUACCAUAUAUCCGGGAAUAAACGGCAUUAAAAGAACGGCCU